GCUUACGUCUGGUUGGCACAAGUAGGUUCCGCAUUCCCAAACCCUCCCGGUCAGGGGAUCGGUAUAAAAACGGGCUGAUGCAACGAUUUCCAUUCUUUAAAACCGACAUCCGACCUUCAGCUGACCUGAAGAGAACAGAACCCUCGGAAUCGGGACCAGAUUCAGCUUUAGCAGCCGCUGAGCUUGACAUGAUGCCUGGACAGAUUCCAGAUCCAUCUCUAACUGCAGGCUCCCUCCCAAGUCUUGGACCAUUGGCUGGCAUCCCCUCAACAACACUGACCACAGAAGAUUUAAAAUACGCUGACAUUCGCAAUCUUGGGGCGAUGAUCUCACCUCUGCACUUCCUGGGAGUGAAACUGACAAAAAGGCCGUGCUCUCUUAAGGGUGAGAUGGAUGAGGAGGAAGAGAGAAGGAAACGACGGAGGGAGAAGAAUAAAGUUGCUGCUGCCAGAUGUCGAAAUAAAAAGAAGGAGAGGACAGAGUUUCUACAAAGGGAGUCUGAAAGGCUGGAAAUGAUGAAUGCUGAGCUGAAGGCACAAAUUGAGGAGCUGAAACUAGAAAGGCAGCAGCUUAUUGUAAUGCUGAACCGACACAGGCCAACCUGCAUUGUGCGGACAGACAGCGUGAAGACACCCGAAAGUGAAACAAACCCGCUUCUGGAGAACCUCAGCAAGAAGUGAAGGAAGGACAGAAGGAAUGAAAGAAGGAAAGACUGAAGGAAUGAAAAGAAAGAAGGAAGAUGCAGGCGAUUUGCCUUUCAGGACUUUCACCCCUCUGAGUUGCACAGCUGUAGUCAGCACUUAGCUCUUUAAAGAAACACAAAAAAGGAUUUCUGCUUGAGAAAUUCCUUUUCUUUUUUUUCAGUAUGAUGGUCAGAUACGACCAUUGUUUUGGGAGAUCUGGAAAUGAAACUAUUUUUGUUGUUGAUAUACAACCAAAAACAUUUUAAAGAAAACACUCAAACACAUGCAUCCUGACGAGGGGAUUUUUUUCCAUUGUAUACAGGUUAUUAAAUACCUAUAGUAUUUUCUAAUGCCGUUUUUAUCCUGCCUUACGGCUGUGGCAUUUUCCGGUUGAACCGAAUGUGGUGACGCAGGCGUCAUUUAAGCACAUGUAUAUUGUUUACAAUAUCUCUGUUACAUCUUUGUUACUGCCUAUUUUACAUUGUGUAUUUUUUAUGGAAAUUGUUUUUAUACUGCAAUAUAUAAAAAUUAUAUAUGAUAUGUAAUCACUAGAUGUGAUGCAUUUUACAUUUCUGUUCCAAACAGAUAUAUAACUUUUUUCUAUUA